AGAAAUAAACAAUGCCAAAUUGUCUGAUAUCAACUGAACGCUCGUGUUUUCCUCCUUGAACUGCAACAGAGCCCUUGUCAUGAAGCCCAACCCCACUGCCCAAAUAUCCCAGCGUGCGCGCGCGCUUCCUGCCGAGCAUUGACUGCGCUCUCCAGCGAAUGGACCUCGCGGUGAAUGCGCGUCCCGGCGUUAAUGACGCGCUCCUCUCACGUUUGACGCGAACCCCCUCCUGAUUCCAGGUAGACUACAGUAGUCCACACAAAGGAUACGCGCCAAUCCUCAAGAAGUGUCGAUUCGGAUUCCACAACGGGAGUGUAGAACGCGCCUCGAUUCGGAUCUGGAACGCGCGAUGGAGAUCAGAAUUUGCAUGCGGAUUUAAGUUACACACCGUUGUUUAAUACUCGAUCUUCAUAUCUGUGUUACGUCAAGCAAGGGUAAUAAACGGACCGUCCGGGGUGCAACAAUCGUGCACGUUCAUUGAAAGAGAACAGUGAUAUUAUUCGCGCACACGCAUUCGUGACUGUUCUGCGCGCAGGGAAUUUAUCCCCGUCUCGGCAUUUGAUCGCCAGGCUCCUCUUUCAAAAUGCAGUUUCGGACAGUUUUGGAUGUAAAAGUCGUGGAUGUGGAGAAGAGGAGGAAUCCAUCCAAACAUUACGUGUAUCUCAUCAAUGUCACAUACUCCGACUCCUCCUCCCACAUCAUCUACAGAAGAUACAGUAAAUUCUUUGAUCUUCAGAUGCAGCUUCUGGACAAGUUCCCAAUCGAGGGAGGGCAGAAAGAUCCCAAAAAAAGGAUCAUACCGUUUCUUCCAGGCAAAAUCCUUUUUAGACGAAGUCAUGUGAGAGACGUGGCCAUGAAGCGACUACGCUUUAUAGAUGACUAUUGCAGAGCGCUGGUCCGUCUUCCUCCACAGAUCUCACAGAGUGAGGAAGUUCUGCAUUUCUUUGAGACCCGACCAGAAGAUAUCAACCCUCCCGUAGAGGAUUAUGGAUCCAAACGGAAGUCAGUUUGGAUGUAUGGACUUCAGGACAGUCCGACCAAGUGUGAAGCCUCAGGGUUGGACAGCAGUGAGCCCAUGGUGCUGGAGCAGUACGUGGUGGUGGCCAACUACGACCGGCAGGAGAACUCGGAAAUCAGCCUGAAGGCUGGAGAAACGGUGGACGUGAUCGAGAAGAGCGAAAGCGGUUGGUGGUUUGUCAGCACGGCUGAGGAACAAGGUUGGGUUCCCGCCACAUACCUGGACUCUCAAAGCGGCACCAGAGAUGAUCUGGACCUGGGAACAUCUAGAUCAGGAGAAGUCACUAAGAGGCGUAAGGCUCAUCUGAAGAGGCUGGACCGCAGAUGGACGCUAGGUGGAAUAGUCAACCGCCAACAGAGUCGAGAAGAGAAAUAUGUAACCAUUCAGCCAUAUGCCAAUCAGGGGAAAGAUGAGAUCGGGUUCGAGAAAGGAGUGACCGUGGAGGUCAUCCAGAAGAACCUGGAAGGAUGGUGGUACAUCAGGUAUCAGGGAAAAGAGGGCUGGGCCCCGGCCUCAUACCUGAAGAAACUGAAAGACGAUCUUUCCCCGAGGAAGAAGACUCUGACGGGCCCCGUGGAGAUCAUCGGGAACAUAAUGGAGAUCAGUAACCUCCUCAACAAGAAGGCCGUCAGCGAGAAGGACAUUCAAACCGACGGAGAACCCACCACCCCCGAGCGCCACAUUUCCAAGAGCGAGAUCAGUUUACCCAUCCAGUAUGCCCCGGAGGCUGGAGGGGCACCCGCAGCGGGCAGCGAUUUAGGAAUGGGGUCUGGAUCUAGCGCCGCACCACUGGAGAACAAGAGCAGGGCGGAGCCGGGCUCACCUGCUGUAGCCCGGGUAGCGCCGCAUAGAGUUGAGAUAGGAUUCGAUGCCAUAGGAUCUCCAAACCUCAGACAAAAACCCCCUCCACGAAGAGAGGCGAAUUUGGCGUUCCAGUUGCCCAAACCUCCAGAGCCCCCUGCUGUGGAAGCGGAGUACUACACCAUAGCAGAGUUUCAGUCCAGUAUCUCGGAUGGCAUCAGCUUCCAUGGAGGACAAAAGGCUGAUGUCAUAGAGAAGAACUCUGGUGGCUGGUGGUAUGUCCAGAUUGGUGAUAUGGAGGGUUGGGCGCCCUGCUCCUACAUCGAUAAACGCAAGAAACCCAAUCUGAGCCGGAGAACCAGCACACUCACCCGCCCCAAAGUUCCACCCCCUGCUCCGCCUGUCAAAAAACAGGAAUCUGAGGAUUCACCCUCUCUGGGCAACUCAGCCUCGAAAGCUUCCGAAUCCCCCGGCCAGCAUGGCGUCUACGAGGAGCCAGAAUACGACGUUCCAGCCAUGGGCUUUGAAACUGAUCUGGAACAUAAUUCCCCCAAACCACAGACUCGUAAGUUUCAGAUUAAAAGCAAUCCGGCAGCCGCAGAGAGGAUUGCUCAGGCUGGCAAAGCAUCGCCUUUAUUGAAAGUGAUGACCUCGCCCUUGAGGAAAAGAAACUCUUUGGAGGAUGUCAACAAGGAGGAGGUGAUUUAUGAAAAUGAUGGGUUUAGGUUCCCCUCCAAUGACUUUGCCUCCUCUAGAGAUUCAAGUGUUUGCAAUAAAGACACCCAAAGGAGUCUCACCUUGGGACGCAAACCUCUAAGUUGCACUUCCUCUCCAGGAGGAGGGAGACCCUUCCGAAAGGUACCCCCCGAUCUUAACCGGAGCCAUUCUCUUGGCCGUACCGAGAGACAUAGCCACAAGUCGUCUUCAGACGAAUUGGGUCGCAAUCCCAAAAGAGAGCCUGUCAUGCGCAAAGAUGUGGAAAUCCGGAUCGGACAAAGCCCGUUGGCCAGGCCCAAACCAGUGGUGCGACCCAAACCUCUCCUUACGAAGUCGGAGCCGCAAAGUCCUGAAAGAAUGGACAUCAGCAGCCUACGCCGACAGCUGCGUCCCACCGGCAGCCUACGGCAGGGACCUAUCCGUGCGGUACGUGGUGGCGAAGACUCUGAAACGGCUUCUGUUGUGUCCUCUGAAGAUUCCAACUCCUCAAGAAGUACUUCCGAUCUCUCAAGUGUUUAUGUAAAGAGUAGCCGAGGUGGGGAGUCAGACCAUGAAAGUGUAUUUUACAGAACCACAGAUGCCUACGAACGAGCCCAGGAGUCGGAGAUCAGCUUCCCAGGCGGCGUGGAGGUGGAGGUGCUGGAUAAGCAGGAAAGCGGAUGGUGGUAUGUCCGUUGGGGGGAAGAGGAGGGUUGGGCACCUACUUUUUACCUGGAGCCAGUCAAUCAUCUCCAGAACGUAGGUGUUCACGAAGUCCGUGAUAGUCCUCUCGUCGACCUCGGUAGCAGCAACAAGUCCAACAGCCUCGAGAAGAACGAGCAACGUGUUCAAGCCAUGAACAACCUCAACCAGCAGAACCUGAGGAGCAUAAGCAAUCCUAGCCCCCCAAUCCCGUCCAAACCUCCAGGGGGCUUCGGAAAACCAACUGCGAUGCUGAACGGUUCGGGAGUGCGAAUGCGUAACGGUGUCCGUCAGGCUGCGGUGCGGCCGCAGUCGGUGUUCGUGUCCGCACCACAGCCUUUGAAAGACACCAACAUCCACACGGGAUCCCUAAGAAGGAACGAAUCGCUGGGUGCAGGAGACCACAUGAGGUCUGGAGGUGGCGUAAGGCGAAACUCGUCCUUCACUGCCGUUCGACCACAACCGGUGAGCGACGUACGAGUGAGGGCUGGGACCACCAUUACCACACCCGUUGGAAGCUCAAGCCCCUUAAUUGGCCAAAGGAAUGGAAUUCCCAUAUCUACAGUAAGACCCAAGCCCAUUGAGAAGACCCAUCUCAUUCAUAACAACCUUCGAGAGGUUUACGUCUCCAUCGCUGACUACCGUGGAGAUGAGGAGACCAUGGGUUUCUCAGAGGGCACCAGUCUUGAAGUUUUAGAAAAGAACCCAAAUGGAUGGUGGUACUGCCAGGUUGUGGAUGGCUUACACGGGCGUAAAGGCUGGGUGCCAUCUAACUACCUGGAGAGAAAGAAAUAACUCCCCAAACUUGUUUGAAUCAUGCACAGUUGUAAUGAAAUAUGUAAAAAGAACUGAUUGGUUUGAAACAAAAAAUGAACAGAGCCUUCUAGAAAGGGUUUUACAUUAAAACAAGAGAAAUGCAGGUGAAUGUUUAGCAAAAUACCUGCCGUAACUUUAUGCCAAAUGGGUGCCUUCGUCCAUCUUUCACUGAAUGUUAAGAGGAAUCAGUCAAACACCAGUGAAUCAACAUUAAUACUAAACUUCAACUUAGUGCCAUAGGCAUACGACUACAGAAAUUACCAGACCUUUUUGUUACGAUGUUGAAGAGAAAGAUCAUUUUAGCACAGGUGCAUAACAGAAAGAGCAAAACUUUUAUCACGUUUAAAACCAGAAAACGUUUUGACAAAAGUCCAAAUCCAACAAUGUCAAAUGUUAUCUAGAAUUGAGUGCACUCAAAAAAGCAUAACUUUGUCAUUUUUUAAAACUUUUUUAAAGAAAUUGUUUUGUGUUGAUGUUUUCGUAACUUCCUUAGAGAUGUAUUUCUGCUUUCUUGUAACAUCUUAACACAACCAAACAGUUGACUAAGACACUUUUUUCUGUUUGUACACUGACAAAUUUACAUUGUCUCAGUGGCAGCUCAUUAUAUAUAUGUGUCUAUCUUCCCCAUUAUUUAAUUUCUCGACAGUCCAAAAUGAAUUAAACAUUACGUUAAAUGAAAACAGUCUGUGAAAGCUGUGUCCAGUUAUACAUAGACCACCUCUUACUGGGUUUAAACCCACACUGUUAAAAAAGUUGGUUCAAUCAAA